UUUGAGUGGACACACAUCAUUAGACAACCUAAAGAAAAAAAAAAUGAGUUAUAAGCUGCUUAAAACUCUUGUUUCAAUAUUUGUUUUAUCUAUCCACACUUUUGAACCAUCAGAAGCUCAAUUGAAGGCAAACAUCUAUCGAAGUUCUUGUGCAUUUGCGGAGGUUGAUGUGAGAAAUGCAGUUGCACAAGCAAUUAUGAAGGACCAAGGGAUUGCAGCUGGACUUAUAAGGUUGUAUUUUCAUGAUUGUUUUGUGAGGGCAUGUGAUGCUUCGGUUCUCAUAGACUCAACUCCAUCUAACAAUGCCAAGAAAUCCGCACCACCGAAUAACCCGAGCCUUAGAGGUUUCGAAGUUAUAGAGAAUGCGAAAAACGUGCUUGAAUCCAUGUGCAAAGGCAUUGUCUCGUGUGCUGAUAUAAUCGCGUUUGCAGCUAGGGAUAAUGUCUUGUUCAUAAGGACUUCAAUACCUAAUCAAUUAAGCUUCGUUUGGUAG